AUGGAGUCUGUAACAUUAGAAGAUAAUUCUAAGGAAAAGUAUCGCCAAUUCUUCCAGUCACUGGAACCCGACGGUGAUGGCAAGAUACACGUAUCAACUUUCAAAGAAUUCUUGAAGAAAGGAAUGGGAGAAAGGUACGACGACGCAAGUGCUUCAGAAAUGAUAGCAGAGAUGUCACCAGAAGUAAACGGGAAGAUAUCAGUCGAUGGACUGGCAGAAAGCUACUCAAUGGGACCACGAUCUUCGAAAUUGGCCUUUGCAAUACACAAUCUUCUGAAAUAUUGUCCUGAAAUCGUGCCAACGCCAGAUUUGGAAUUGGUCUACGAUACGUUCGGGAUCAAGAUCUCUCCUGAUGAAACCUAUGAUUUGAUCGAAAAGUCGAGGGAUUCCUUCUCCAAACGCCUGGAGAAACGUUUCGAAGAAGAACCAUUGCCAAAAGACAAGAAAGAACUAAAGGAGAAGAAGAUAGAACUGAUGAAGAUGCUGGAAGAACAGAUCUUACGCUUUGGAGGGACGAUACUGGUCAAUCAAUAUCAUAUGAUACGGAUGUUAGGCAAGGAUGUUAGGAUGGGCGGGGCCUGUAGCUUGGAGCAUCCACCAGGAGGCCACUUCACAGUAAUGAAUGCCUCAUCAUCUUGA